AUGGCUGCCCAGGCCUCAGCACCUGCUGAGGCUGCCCCUGCGGCGGCCGCCACGGGAGCACAGGACCCCGAAGCGGCCCCGGCCAGGGAGAGCCUGGUGGACAUGGAGGCGGAGGAGACAGGGGCGCCCGCAUCGCGGCGCCGGAAGUCCUGGCUGGUGCGGCACUUCUCGCUGCUGCUGCGGCGGGACCGGCAGGCGCAGAAGGCCGGCCAGCUCUUCUCGGGGCUGCUGGCCCUCAACGUGGCCUUCCUGGGCGGCGCCUUCAUCUGCAGCAUGAUCUUCAACAACAUGGCCGUCACGCUGGGCGACGUGUGGAUCCUGCUGGCCGUGCUCAAGGCGCUCGCCCUGCUCUGGCUCCUCUGCUACGUGGCGGGCACUGCCCGCCGGCCGCACGCCGUGCUCUACCGGGACCCCCACGCGGGGCCCGUGUGGGUGCGGGGCUCCCUGCUGCUCUUUGGCAGCUGCACCGUCUGCCUUAAUGUCUUCCGCGUGGGCUACGACGUGAGCCACAUCCACUGCAAGUCCCAGCUGGAGCUCCUCUUCCCCGCCCUGGACAUCGUCUUCACCGGCCUGCAGACCUGGGUCCUCUGGAAACACUGUAAGGACUGUAUUCAGGUGCAGACCAACUUCACAAGGUGCGGCCUGAUGCUGACUCUGGCCACAAACCUGCUCAUGUGGGUCCUGGCCGUCACCAACGACUCCCUGCACCGCGAGAUCGAGGCGGAGCUCAGCGCCCUCAUGGAGAAGUUCUCAGGCAACGACACCAACACCUGCCUGUGCCUCAACGCCACGGUGUGCGAGGUUUUCCGGAAGGGCUACCUGAUGCUCUACCCGUUCAGCACCGAGUACUGCCUGGUCUGCUGCGCGGUGCUCUUCGUCAUGUGGAAGAACGUGGGCCGCCGCCUGGCCCCCCACGCCCACGCGAGCGCCCCCCGGGGCGCCCCGGCCUUCCGCCUGCACGGCGCCAUCUUCGGGCCGCUGCUGGGCCUGCUGGCCCUGGUGGCGGGCGUGUGCGUGUUCGUGCUCUUCCAGAUCGAGGCGAGCGGCCCCGCCAUCGCGCGCCAGUACUUCACCCUCUACUACGCCUUCUACGCGGCCGUGCUGCCCGGCAUGAGCCUGGCCUGCCUGGCGGGCACCGCCAUCCACGGGCUGGAGGAGCGGGAGCUGGACACGCUCAAGAACCCCACGCGCAGCGUGGACGUGGUGCUGCUCAUGGGCGCGGCCCUGGGCCAGAUGGGCAUCUGCUACUUCUCCAUCGUGGCCAUCGUGGCCACGCGCCCCCACGAGCUGCUCAACCGCCUCGUCCUGGCCUACGCGGUGCUGCUCAUCCUGCAGCACAUCGCCCAGAACCUCUUCAUCAUCGAGGGCCUGCACCGGCGCCCGCUCUGGGAGGCCGCGCCCGGGGCCGCCGCCGCCGCCGCCGAGAAGCCCGAGGCCGAGCCCCCCCGCAGGGGCUCCCUGCUGGAGCUGGGCCAGGACCUGCGACGGGCCUCCCGGGCCUACAUCCACUCCUACAGCCGCCUCAACUGGAAGCGGCGGGCGCUCAAGGAGAUCUCGCUCUUCCUCAUCCUCUGCAACAUCACACUGUGGAUGAUGCCCGCCUUCGGCAUACACCCCGAGUUCGAGAACGGCCUGGAGAAGGACUUCUACGGCUACCGGGUGUGGUUCACCAUCGUCAACUUCGGCCUGCCGCUGGGCGUCUUCUACCGCAUGCACUCCGUGGGGGGGCUGGUGGAGGUCUACCUGGGGGCCUGA